AUGGAGGAACAAGUGACUGAGAAGCCGGCCAUAAAUGCGCAGCCAACCGAGACAACAAAAGAGAAGCCGCUCGAAAAGGUGCAAAGGCUGGCCGAGGAGGCGCGGACAGAGGCGUCGCCACAAGUGGAAGAGUACGAUGCAACGACGCAGAACGAUGCGUCGCUAGAAGCGGAAGAAUACGAUGCGACAACACAGAACAAGGCGUCGCCACUGCGCGCAGCAAAGGUGCCCUCGAGCCGCAUCGCCCGUCUGCUCCACUACGGCAGCCUGGGCGCUGGCCUGGCCUGGGGCAGCGCCGGCUCGUACCUGGGCGGCGGCGAGAAAAAGCAAGGAUUCAUGAGCGACGACAACGUGCGCAGGCUCGUCGACAAGCUCAGCACGAUGCGCGGCGCGGCGCUGAAGCUGGGCCAAUUCAUGAGCAUCCAGGACACCAACAUGUUGCCCCAGCAGAUCGAGGAGGUGAUGCUGCGGGUGCAGAACAGCGCAAACUACAUGCCCGUGUGGCAGAUGGAGCAGGUCAUGCGCCAGGAUCUGGGCCAGGACUGGCGUGCGUCCUUUGGCGACUUUGACGACGUGCCCUUUGCCUCGGCCUCCAUCGGCCAGGUCCACGCUGCGACGCUGGCCAAGGACCACCCGACGGACCCGGGGCUGCGUGUGGCCGUCAAGGUGCAGUUUCCCGGCGUGCGAGAGUCAAUCGGGUCGGACCUCUCGAAUUUGCGAUGGCUCGUCUCGGCCUCUGCGCUGCUGCCCAAGGGCCUCUUUCUCGACAACACCAUCCGCGUCAUGCGCAGAGAGCUCGACGACGAGUGCGACUACGAGCGCGAGGCAGAGAUGGCCAGACGGUUCGGUCAGCUCCUCAAUCGCCCCGACUCGCACUUUGCCGUGCCCCGCGUCAUCGACGGCCUGUGCAGCAAGCGCGUCCUCACCUCGGAGAUGAUGAAGGGACGGCCGCUGACCCAGGCCAGCCGGUACAGCCAGGAGAAGCGCGACGAUAUCGCCCGUAAAAUCCUCGAGCUGUCGCUCCGCGAGCUCUUUGAGUUCCGGCUGAUGCAGACGGACCCCAACUGGACCAACUUCCUCUACAACGAGCGCACGGCCAAGAUUGAGCUCAUCGACUUUGGCGCCACGCGCGAGUACUCCAAGGACUUCAUCGAUGACUGGCUCUGCAUGCUGCGCGCUGCCAUCGGGGGUCGCCACGACGAGUGCGUGGCGUGGAGCCGCAAGGUGGGCUACCUGACCGGCGACGAGUCGGCCGAGAUGGAGCGGGCUCAUGUAGACAGCAUGAUUGCGCUGGGCGAGCCUUUCCGGAGCGAUGCGCCCGACCCGUACCUGUUUGAGGACCAGACCAUCACGGCCAGGGUGCGGGCCCAGAUCCCCCUCAUGCUCCGCCAGCGGCUCACACCACCACCCGAGCCCACGUACUCGCUCAACCGCAAGCUCAGCGGCGCGUUUCUGCUGUGCGCCCGGCUCAAGGCGAGGAUUGGGUGCAGGACGAUGAUGGAAGACGUCACGAAGGGCUAUGUCCUGUCCAAUGGAACAUCGCCUGCCGCAUCGGCCAGCACGAAGAGCAGCAGUAGCAACAAUACAGCAGCAGGCAACGCGACGUCGACGAGGGGUAUACACACAUCUGCGAGAAUGCACAGAGAAGCGACUGCGCCCUCACUGGGCGAUGAGGUGCGACGGGUGAAGCGUCGACAGAGGCUCGGUAACCUAGCUGACCGAUGGCCAAAGCACAUUGUCGAGGCCAUCGUCGAGCAGGGUGCGCUCGAGGAGCACGGAGACCACGGCGCACAGACGCUCUCGCUCGCCUCGGAGCCGGCCUCGCCAUCCAUGGCCUCGACGCCCUCGCGCUCCGCGUCCACUGACCCGCAGGUCCCACUCGCCACGAGGCAGUCGCCCGCCGAGCAGGCCGACACGCGCACUGCGCCGCCGGGGGAUCAGCAGUCGCAGCAGCAGCCGCAACUGCCCAAGGACAAAAAGAUCUUCAUCAAGGGUGUAGAGGUGCCGAGGAGGCCAGAUCCACCGGGGCCUGAGGACUGCUGCAUGAGCGGGUGUGCACGGUGCGUGUACGACCUCUACGCCGAGGCGCUGCAGGAGUACCACGAGGACCUGACGGCUGCGCGCGGCAAGCUUCAAAGUGUCCUGCCGGGCGACGAGUGGAAUGUCGACCUGCUCGGGCCCCGGCCGGCGCCAGCAGCAGAGGCGGGUAACGAGAAGGGCGCGACGCUGACAAAGGAAGAGGCCGAGGAGCGGGCCCAGCGAGAGGUCGACAGCGUCAUUGGCGGCCUGGACCCGGGCAUGAAGGCGUUUUUGAUGCUCGAGCGCAGCCUCAAGAAGGCCAAGAGCGCCAGCAGCGGCAGUAGCAGCCCUCAAUAA